AAUAAACAGGUCAAACUCCAAACACCCAAACCCAUACCCAAAACAGUGGGACCUACGUCAGUUGUUAAAACACAAAGUCAAGUGAGUAGUAGUACCAUUGAUGAUAAGGUUCUCAUGGAAGCUAUGUUUAGUGGUGCAUCAGGUGUUAGAGACUUGAUUAAUUCCACUUUGAGGGCAAAGUUUCAGGAGUUUGACCUGGAGAAAAAAAGGCUGGUGUUGGAGAAGAUUGAGUUGCAGGGGAAAUUGGAUACUAUGAGUGAGCAGGUGCAAAGAUUACAGGAGCAAGUUAAUACUUUGGAGGAGAUUUCUUUUCCACCUGAAUUCAUGGAAAGACUUGGUACCUUGUAA